AUGGUGGAUUUCGCGCUGGCCCUUGACCUAGCCGAGCCUCUUGUUCCCUCGCACGCCAUUUUGCACGAAGCGCUGGCCGCACUGCUCGCCACCGGAGAGACGGAGGACGCACAAAUGGUCAACCAAACCGGUUGCGACUACUUGUCGCUCAAGCCCAUCGCGGUGAGCAUCGAAACCAAAGUGGAUGUGGGUCCUUCGCGUGAAGGCACUAUUCAGCUGGGAGUUUGGGUGGCGGCGUGGCACCGUCGCAUUGCCGCUUUCGGACUCGUACCUCACGGGGGGAUCAUCACGCAGCCAUUGCUUCUAUGUGUUCAGGACAGCUGGAACCUCUACUUUGCAUGUGACCGGGGAGCGCGGAUUGAAAUUGUUGGGCCUCUGGAGCUGGGAAGCAUGAAGGACUUGCUGAGUGUGUACCGUGUGUACGAAGCUUUGCGGGAGUUGUGGUGUUGGCUACGGAACGAUGGUAGACAGAGAGUAAAAAGGAUUUGGGUACAAUGCAAAUUUUAUUGGGAGCCGUACUUUCUUGAUACAAGGGAGGUUGUGGCAGGCAAGCCCACAAGUACCACUUUCUCCCCAUCUACUCCUGUCCCUGACUAUCAACUCCUGUCCCUGUCUAUCAACUCCUGUCCCUAUCAAUCUCAUAGUGCUCGCACUGUUGCUUCCGCUCGCACUGUUGCUUCCGCUCGCACCAACUUGUGGUGGACUUUAAGAGGGAGGGGGGAUGGCGGGCGACACGGCCUCGAGGGUAAGCCCCGCCUUGAGGACGAGCCAGGCGGUGUCGAGGACCAUCAGGAUGGCCUUGAGCUCCUCGAAGAGGCGGCGGGCGGCGGGCCCACCGCCGAAAUUGGGGGGUUACCGGGGUUCGCCGUCCUUUGCCCCCCGCGGCCCGGUAGCCGUAGCAAAUGGUGCUGCCAGGGCCGCGGCGGCUGGUUUUUUCCUGUAGUUAUUUAUUUAAUGCUUAAAAGGGUUCCGCGCAUGCUUUAACCAACCGAACGAAAUAAAAAGCUGGUUAAAUUUGCCCGACAUUGUAUGGGGGGAUUAAUGCCCCCC